UAUCUAGAGAGCUAAGAUACCAAUAUCGUCCAAGCAAUGGCUUCUGCAGAGAAAGACCAGCGGCCUAAGCCGAGCGCCCUGCGGUCCAUUAUUGCGGGCUCUACUGCGGGUGCAGUCGAGAUCGCAAUUACAUACCCAGCCGAAUUCGCAAAGACCCGCACACAGCUUAACCGUCGACUCGCGGACUCAAAGAAGCUGCCAUGGCCACCUUUUGGAAAGCAAUGGUAUGCUGGCUGUACCACAUUGAUCAUAGGGAACUCUCUAAAAGCCGGAAUUCGUUUCGUGGCUUUUGAUGCUUUCAAAUCCAUCCUCGAGGAUGAAAAUGGAAAAAUAUCUGGUCCUAGAACAGUCAUAGCUGGGUUUGGAGCCGGAUUCACUGAAUCCUUGUUGGCGGUCACACCUUUCGAAAGUAUCAAAACUCAAUUGAUUGAUGACCGGAAAUCUGCAAACCCCCGUAUGCGCGGCUUCUUGCACGGCAGUGGUGUGAUCUUCCGAGAACGAGGCAUUCGGGGCUUUUUCCAAGGCUUUGUCCCUACCACGGCAAGACAAGCUGCCAAUUCAGCCACGAGGUUUUCAAGCUAUACAAUGUUGAAGCAAAUAGCACAGGGCUAUGUUGCGCCCGGUGAAAAGCUAGGAACAGCGAGCACUUUUGCCCUAGGUGGAAUUGCGGGCCUGAUCACAGUUUACGUUACUCAACCUCUUGAUACCGUCAAAACUAGAAUGCAAUCUCUUGAGGCUAGCAAGAAUUACAAAAACAGCAUCGCCUGCGCAGUGCGGAUUUUCAAGGACGAGGGCGUCUUUACCUUAUGGUCUGGAGCUGUUCCACGACUAGCAAGACUGAUCCUGAGCGGAGGCAUCGUGUUUACCAUGUAUGAAAAAACUAUGGAAACACUCGACUCGCUAGACCCAGAAAGGAAAUUUAUAUGACGACAAUCAAAAUACACUCAAAACAUACCAAGGCAACUUACCAUACCAUAAUAGACCUGUUUGUUCUUCUGCCUAUGGAAAGGAGUGUACUUGUGUGUAGAUACAGGUGUCACCAACCAGAGCAGAAUUUUUAGAUCUAAAGAUUUAUUAUUGUACAAACUAUCUCAAUUGAUGUUGUUUAUUC